GUCUGUGGACAGCUCGGCUUUUCCGGAGGCGACAUUGCACAAACGCAAGCCGAGAGAGGUGAUGCCUCCACCGGCCAAGAAGUGCGGGCUGAGCCGGUGUUUGGAUUGGAAGUGGGGAGUCUGGCCGGAGCUGUCAGAACCACGCCUAUAGGGGCCUACAAUUGGUCCAGAAAGCGUAAAAUCAGCAAUCAGAGGGGCUUGGUUCAUUAGUGUUGGGGAUGAAGGCAGGAAGGACAUGUGAGAUAGUAACAGAUCUGCAGUGAACGGAGCCACAUCUCUCCAGUCCGAGAGGGAUGACUGAAGCAGAGAAGCAGCUCAUUCCUGAGAGAGGCGCGCUGCGCAGCCCGGCUCUGCCGUCACAGCGCGGCUCCUGCUGAAGCUCAGCGGACGAGCUGGAGGAAAAGCUCUGGACUGGAGCAGCGACUCUUACUCAGCUGCCGUUUCAGUCCCGCGACACACUGACUGAGCGACCGGCGGGCCGCCGUGCGCCUCCACGCCGCUUCGCCAAAAGAGCUCGACAGACGCGGAUCUAAUCCGCCUUGAACCCGGAGGAAGAUACCACUGACACGUCCAUCGUUUCACGGUUUUUGUGGAUGCACCGAUGAGAGAUCCAGUUUUUACAGGGACUGCAAUGGCUUAUCACCCUUUCCACGCGCACCGGCCGACUGACUUCCCCAUGUCCGCCUUUCUGGCGGCCGCGCAGCCUUCCUUCUUCCCGGCGCUCAGCCUGCCUCCCGGGGCUCUCACCAAGCCCAUCCCGGAUCACGGCCUGAGCGGGGCGGCGGAGGCUGGGCUGCACCCGGCUCUGAGCCACCAUCAGGCGGCUCAUCUGCGUGGUAUGAAAAGUCUAGAGCCCGAGGAGGAAGUAGACGACGACCCCAAAGUAACACUGGAAGCCAAGGAUCUGUGGGACCAGUUUCACAAACUCGGAACAGAGAUGGUUAUAACCAAAUCCGGAAGGAGGAUGUUCCCCCCAUUCAAAGUGCGAAUAAACGGCCUGGAUAAAAAAGCCAAAUACAUCCUGCUGAUGGACAUCGUGGCGGCCGACGACUGCCGCUACAAGUUCCACAACUCCCGCUGGAUGGUGGCGGGGAAGGCCGACCCGGAGAUGCCCAAGAGGAUGUACAUCCACCCGGACAGCCCGGCCACCGGAGAGCAGUGGAUGGCCAAGCCUGUAGCCUUCCACAAGCUCAAGCUGACCAACAACAUCUCGGAUAAACACGGAUUUCUUUGCUCCAUGCAGACCAUCCUGAACUCCAUGCACAAGUAUCAGCCCAGGUUCCACAUUGUGCGGGCCAACGACAUCCUGAAGCUCCCCUACAGCACCUUCCGCACCUACGUUUUCCCGGAGACCGAGUUCGUGGCCGUGACGGCGUAUCAGAACGACAAGAUAACGCAGCUGAAGAUUGACAACAACCCAUUUGCCAAAGGAUUCAGGGACACGGGAAACGGGAGGAGAGAAAAAAGAAAGCAGCUCACCAUGCCGUCACUGCGCAUGUAUGAAGACCAGUGCAAGGCGGACCGAGAAGGUGCAGACUCCGACGCUUCGUCCAGUGAGCCUCCGGCCGGCAGGGACGCCGUCCACUCCCCGGUGGGUGGUGGGACCAGCCCGCUCAGGUUCAGCAGGCCCAGCCGUGAUGAAAAAACGUGCACUGACAGUGAACAAGAGCUGGAGCAUCACGAUGAACACGGCUCCAACAGCCCGGGAACUGAGCCCAUGUCGCCCUACAGCUCCAGGUGUGAGGAACGUGUGAGGGAAAGAGCAAGUGCUGAAAAGAAGGAUGAUUCCAUUUUUAGUAUAAGGAACCUGGAGAAGGACAAAACGGAGAGCAGGCACAGGAAGGACACUACGGACGCGCUCACAAAGGACUCAGAGAGUGGAGGCAUUAGUGCCAGUAAGGACACUUUCUCCCCUCUAGUGGUCCAAACGGAGAGCCCCUCACACUUCAGCCCCAGUCACUUACAAAGCCUGGCUCUGUCUGGUCUUCACAGCCAGCAGUUCUUUAACCCUCUGAACGCCGGAUCACCACUGUUGUUUCACCCAGGGCAAUUUGCAAUGGCCCCUGGAGCAUUUUCUGCCAUGGGCAUGGGGCAUCUACUGGCCUCUGUUUCAGGAGCAAGCGCUUUGGAAAACGGCAGUCUCUCUGCCCAAAGCACAGGAGGAACCCCAAACCCCUUCCCCUUCCAUCUGUCUCAGCACAUGCUCGCCUCUCAGGGCAUUCCUAUGCCUCCAUUUGGGGGUCUUUUCCCGUACCCCUACACCUACAUGGCAGCCGCUGCAGCUGCAGCCUCCGCCUCAGCUCUCCCUGCCUCCAGCACGUCCAGCCCACUCUCCAGGAACCCCUUUCUGGGCUCGACCCGGCCACGUCUCCGCUUUAACCCCUACCAGCUCCCCAUGUCGCUGUCCCAGAGCUCCACCCUGCUCACCACAGGCCUGCCUGGCAGCCUGAAUCUGGCCUCAGAGACCUCCAAGCCCGGCAGCAGGGAGGGCAGCCCAGCUCCAGAGCACCACAGCACCCACAAGACGGGAGGCUCCAGUGGAAGAGCGGCAUCUCCCAAACCCUCCAUGAAGGACUCUGUGAACGAGCUGCAGAGUAUCCAGAGACUGGUGAGCGGCCUGGAGAGCCAGAGGGAGCCCUCCCCAAACACUGAUUCCCCCAAGUGAUCCAGGCCCAAAGCUUGGGAUGAACACGAGGCUUGAAAACCAGAGGACAAUACGUGCAAAUGUCCUGUACAGCACAUCACAGAGACUGAGAGGAGGGUGGGACGACGGGAGGGGGGGGUCGAUGGAGGCUGAUUACAAACGGUUUUUGGAACAAAGCUUCAGGUAGACAAAAAUGUAGUCCAAAUGAUUAUAUUUAACCAUUUAAACACACUCACACGCAUGGAAGGUUUGCUCUGAGGCUGCGCUGGAGAGCCUCCCUCAAUGUGUGCAGGGUCAGCAGCUGCUGAAGGUUGUGUGUCCGUGUUUGGUCUGAAAGGGGGGGGGGGUCUGCUGAUUAAAUCAGGGGGAAAACAGGAAAUUAUCCAGAAAAGUGCAACGAUACAAACGAGAGCUAGAGCUAGUUUUAUGUUAUUUGACUUUAAAAAACAAGAACCACUUGAGUUGGAGGAAGAGGAACAGCUCGAAAAAGGAAAAGCAUCCAGUCAUGAACCACGCGGGACCCCUCUGGGGCCUCACGCAUCUGUGCGACCUGUCUGAGCCUGCAGCUCCACGCACGACUUUUCCUCACUUGAAGCAUCCAAGUCCCGCUCCUCUCCCACGAACCGAGGCUGGAGCGGAGCCGCGUGGCGCCGUGGGCCGGUCUGACCAUUUCAAAAAGAGGGGGGGGGGGGGGGGGCGUUUGCGACUGGGAGGAAAACACACACCUGUCACUUCUUGCCAGAAAUAUUAUUUCUGAACUAUUUAUGUAAUUAAGAAAAUCUGUAAAUAAAGCUAAGAUCCAAGAAUAUGCAAUUGGUAUUAAUUUAUUUAAAACUGUAUAUUAGCCUGUACAUAUUUCCGUGGAAGCUGUCCCUUCUUUAUUUCCCUCAUGCCCAUUUCUCCCGUUUUACAUGAAUAUAAACUGUAAAUUGAAGUUAUGUAGCCGCUGGUUUGGAAAUGCUGUAUGAAGCAUCGCUGGUUUUAUGGCAUUUCUUUCUUUGUUUUGUUUUUUUUAGCAGACAUGUGUGUGCCAUGUUUUAGUUCACAUCCACUAACAGACAAAGGAAAGGAAAGAUAACAACAACAAACCACCUCAGGUUACUUCUUUGACUCCAGUGUGGAGACAGAGCAGUUCCUCCUUCUGGGCGCAGCGUUCACACUCAGAACCGUUCUGUGUUGUUUCUGCUGGUUGUCCCCGUCUAUCUUUCUAUUCCCUUUAUUUUUUAUUGUCUUACAAUUUCAAUAAAAGUAUCGUUGUGCUAAAA